AUGUGGUUCAACAUGAGGAAUCCAACGAAUUUCAUUCUUUCGCGGAUUCCAAAAUUCAUCGCCCCACCCCUGGAGUCUUAUCCAACGCUCUCAUCAUCCCAUCAACUCGACUCAUCUCUUGCAGCAGACACCGCGUUCGAGAUCGAUAUCACCACCAAUUCUCAGGAAACUGAGAGUACGCCUCGCCCUUCUCUACCCAUGCGUCAAGGAAUGGAGAAUGGUUACUCUCUUUCUCCUGUGUAUAGUUUGUGGCUGGAAUAUUGUAGCGAGGGAGAGUCCUCGAAAUCCACUCAAUCUCAAGUAGUAUUUUACGCUACUAAACCCUCGUUAGCUCGGGACGAAGUUGUAGACAGAGGGAAGGAUACAUCUACGGAACGUUAUAUGGUACACAAGCCUUUGCUCGAGCAGAUCUGCCUGACCGUGAAUGAGCUACAAGUGUUCAUUCAACAUAUGGCGGGUCUCAUAGAAGAACGGGACAAAUUCUUCCAAGUUGAUCCAGAAGACACUCUGCUGAAAGUCUUAGGAGGUGCGGAGACUACAAGUCAAUUACACGCAGCCUGGCUCUGCUUAACUAGUCGACUAAGUGCAGCCCAAAAGUUCAUGUUCAAAUACCAACAGGAAUAUCAAAACAUACCCGUACCACCUUCACCCGUCUCCACAAAUCCAGACAUUCACAGGUACAUUGCCAGUCUGCCUGACAUCGAUGACAAAUUGCGUCAUAUUCAUGGCACUAUCCCUUGUCAUGUCAACAAACUUCCACGUAACACUCAUCAGCGGCUAAUGGAGACAAAAGAGAAAUGGGAGGCAAUUAUCCCUAUCCCUCCAUGGCUAGCGACCCCUACUCAGAAAUCCUCGUCCCCUAUUUCGGAUAUUUCAGCCAGGACAAGUUAUAAAGCCGCAUCCACGUUCACGUUACCUGAUAGAGUCGAACAGUCGACGAUGGCUACCGUCCAGAAGAAACAAUCUUCUACACCCUGGAAAGGAUCGAAAGGAGUCCAAUUCGCUUCCCAAGCUAACAUUUUAGAACCUUCUCAGUCCUCAGCUCUAAUGAGCAGCGGGACGCCAUUCAAACCAUCCAAGGGACUUUUCUUACAAGAGGAUGGAAACAACCCUGGGCCUUUCCCCCAAUCUGGGCCCAACUGUUCAGUUUCAGCAGACAAUUUUCUCUACGGAACGGACGAAAUCCCAGUUUUUUCUCUGGAUGGCAUACAGUUCUCUGGGUUUAAUUAUCCUUUGAAUGCGAAUGCCACCCCUUCUGGUCCUUCGACCCAGCCCGUUACCUCAACCCCUUGGAAUCCAAACUCAGGACAGACGCAAUCCUUUCACUCCAUGUUCUCCCAGGGUCGAGAGGGAACUCUUACAGCACAGGGUGAAAAUUUACAAGCAACGACACAAGUCAAUACUUCACGUGUAGUGACAGGGAACGCAGCCAACGUCCAACAAUCCGAAAGAGUGAAUCAAAACCAGGAAGAUACAAAUCCUACACACGAUUGCAGCUCUAACUGCGGGCAACAGGGUUUCCCUGGAGGAGAUGACUCAGAUCCGCCAGAUGAUGAUGACGACCCUCCUAAAAACCAGGGGAACAACAACACCUCAAGGAAGGACGACCGCCAAGUAUCCCAUCAUCGAACAGGAUUCAGAGGAGGUAGAGGAGGUGGACCACCCAGCCCCCCUUCGUCAUCCUCAACUCCAUACGGGGAUUUCAUUCCGACAGUGAGGACGGACAUCAAGUUGGAUCAGUUACCCACCUGGGACGGCAAUCACACUACAGCGAUCAAUUAUUUCUGGAAGAUUCAACAGUUAGCAGCUAUGAAGGGUUACCUACCACAAGCUCUAGGAUACUGGUUAUGGAUGAACUUAAAGGAAGACUCCACAGUUCCGGGGCACGAGAAUGAAGAUUCAGGAAAGUUCAUCAUUUGGCAUAUCAUGUACACAUGGAUGCUCGUAAACGGAGACAUGGGGGGCCCCUUAGAAGUGUUCCUAGUAAUGCAAAGGGCUCCAAUAUCAUGGGGACCUGUAAUCAAUAUAGACAGUAUUCGAUCGUCAAGUAUGUUAUUCUCCAAAGUGACAGAGCAUUCGCAAGCACUCGUACAUGCUACCAAGAUGGAGAAUUCGCAAAUUGUUACUGCAGAUAACCUAGCAUACAUGCUGCGACGCUUAGGCAUCUCCUGGCCCUCGGAUCGCUCUUCCCCUAGUCCCGCUAGAUUUAACAAGCGAGUGAACGUAACAGAGUUGAAAGCUAACACCUCGGAAGACCCCCCUAAAUCAUCCUCCAUUCCCUCCCCUAUUGAUGAUGGGAUCUUGAAGGAAGUCUACCAGGUUCUCCUGAAGAAACAGCGCCCUCCGCCACAAGGGGGUUACCCAUUCAAAAGGAAUGACCAUGUGAGCACUAAGAUGGGUUGGCUACCUCCAUCCCCGUGCAAGGUUUGCGGUAGUCCGAACCACUGGGACAAAGAGUGCCCAGAUUGGAAUGUGUAUCUAGAAACAAGGAAUCGUUCAGCCCACUUCACGGGAGGACAAUCAGAAGACGAACCAGAACUUGAAGAGAAAUACUGUGCCGCAUAUGCGAUCCUCCUCAACAACAGAGUCGCAGAACAGCUACUCAAGCUCCAGGAAUCAAGCCCCUUCACAGAAGAUCAGGAUUUUGACCAGGCAGCUGUGAUGUCACUGGUUCGACAAUUGAACUACCACUCUCACGGACAUAAGACCUACGAACGAAGGAGAGCGUCAGUGGAAGAGACUUUGGACGUAGACAUGGAGUUAGCAAAGUCGAAACAGAAGCUGGACAAUGGUACUCACAUCCUGGAACACGUUUCAGAAUCGUUAGAUACCCCACCAGCUGCUAGCCGACCUUCACGACCACCGUCCGUUGUUGAAGUAGAGGACAAAGAUAAUGCGACUGCUCGUUCCAAGCCCAAGUCAGUUGACCCUCAACAUAUUCUGGAGGUAGUUGAUGACUCCAAGAGCGCUGAACCUCCACCCAUUUUAUGCGACUCUUUCUCUUUCGAGAAUUCAAAUGCUGCGUACAACAUGCACGGACUGAACGAUGACAAUCAGCAACAAGAGGACACACCAAAUCCGGACAAGACUUUCACUCUACCCUUUCUCAACAUUCCAGGCCCACCUGCCCCUCUGGCUAGAGUGCGCUUGCCUAAAGCAAGGAUCACUAAACCAGGCGCUUCAGCAGUCGGUGUUUCAGUCUUGUCUACCAGAGGACGAUUAGCAGCUACACACAAUAAGGAAAUUGACCUUCAGUUGGAUUCUUGUGCAGACAUUACGUUGAUCUCAGAAGAGUUCUAUCUGUCUUUGAAGGAUCGCCCACCUCUUCAACAGGGUUAUCAAAUGCAAAUAUUUCAGUUAAUGGAAACAGGCACUCACAUUAAGGGCUUUGUCCGGAUCCCAGUUUUCAUGCAGGCGACGGACGGAAUGACCAUCGAAACGGAGGCGGAAGCAUACGUGGUCCCCAAUAUGACGGUUCCAAUUUUGUUAGGGGAGGAUUUCCACCUGACCUAUGAAAUCCAAGUAUCCAGAUCAGUCAUGGAAGGUUCAUUCCUCAACUUCAGGGGCUCUCCAUACACAGUACCGGCGGUGGGCGUGAAUAGAACGAACGAUUUCGAGUGGCUUCGGAAAAGUGCACACCACAUCUCUUCUUUCGUGAAAGCCAAGAUGCAUAAACAAGCUAAGGCGAAGUGUCAACGAAAGAAGCGUCAAGCGAAGGAGGACGCUCACUUGAUCAAAGCCGCUCAAGACUAUCACAUACGUCCACACGAAUCCUGCUGGGUGCAAGUCAUAGGCCAUUUCAAGGAGGAAAGAGAUUGGUUCGUAGAAAAGAACAUGCUUUCGUGUGGGAACGACAAUGUCCUAUUGGUCCCGAACAUGCUUAUCUCAUCUAAAGAUCCUUAUAUUCCAGUGGCCAACCCAUCUUCACAACCCCAUUUCAUACGGAAAGGCGAGGUACUAGCGACUAUUUCAAAUCCUGCAAAAUACUUUGAUACCCCGCAUGAUACAGAUCAAUGGCACGAAAUGUCAAAGAAAGCGGAAGCACUUGCAGCCAUUAUUGCUGCUACGAGUGAGGAAGAUCAGGUUGAAGCAGAGGAAUACGGUCCCAAGACAGCUGCCAUGCCGGACCCUACGGUCUAUCCUUCCAGCCAAAUGAAAGACUUAGUGGAUGUGGGCUCUUUGCCGGAACAUUUACACAACGAAGCUUGGCGCAUGCUCUCCUCGCACGAGAAAGCCUUUGGAUUUGACAGUAGAUUGGCCAAACCUAACACCAAAUGGGCCAUUUGGGAUGUCGACGCCUGUUCGUGCUCCAUCAGUCCACGAGAAUCAUCAUAUGCAUGGAAUGCCACCACUCACCCCCUUUCCCACCAACAGAAACCAGCAUGGGAUGAUGGGAAUGUCCCCGACUAUGUACUAUUCUCCCAGCACUGGGCACCCUCAUGGUCCUGGAAACCCGAACGGUGGUUUUGGAUCCUUGAGGCCUUGUGGAAUGAUGAUCUCGAACACAUCCGGGCAGUCAGCAGACCUGAGCCAGAUGUAGUGUUUGAAAGUCCAGUUAGGUCCGGUUAUUGGGUGCCCAGGGGCUCUAACCGAGACCGAGACCGUCAAAUUUUAAGUGUUUUCGACGUUCUCAAGUGCGUUUUGAAGGUGUAUAAUAGGGCUGGUUAUAACCGGUUAUUUAACGGAGAGAGAGCCGAGAAGGCAGAGACUCAACUUGCUGAACUUGCUGCCAAGCAUGCAGCCGAUUACCUGUUGCUCGUGAACAAGAUUUCUGAGCUUGAAAACAAGGUUGCGUCCCCCAUCUUGAGCGGGGCUGGAAGUACAGGGACUAAAACUGCAAAGAAACCUCCCCCUUAA